AUGGUGAUUACAGGCAACAAUGAGGUAGAAAUUAAGAACCUAAAGGCUUUCCUUAGCAGUCAAUUUCGAAUUAAAGAUCUCGGGCCUCUGAAGUAUUUCUUUGGAGUCGAGGUCGCACGAUCAAAAGCUGGAAGCACAAUUUGCCAACGGAAAUAUACACUGGAUAUAUUGGAGGAGGCUGGAUUACUUGGUGCUAAACCCACGAAGGUUCCAAUUGUGGCAGAUUUGGUACUAACACCUGCAGGUAGCAGUUCACUUCACGAACCUGCGACGUAUAGACGCUUAGUUGGAAAAUUGAUCUAUUUGACCAUCACAAGACCAGAAAUAGCAUAUACUGUCAACACGUUGAGUCAGUUCAUGCAAGAUCCACAACCACAUCAUCUUGAUGCAGCGUAUCGACUUCUUCGAUACCUUAAAGGAGCUCCUGGACAAGGUUUGAUGUUUUCUUCCCAAAGUGAAUUACAUUUAAUUGGUUACUGUGACGCAGAUUGGGCUCGCUGCCCCAUUACACGUCGAUCAGUGACUGGUUAUUGUAUAUUCCUUGGAAACUCGUUGGUGUCCUGGAAAAACAAGAAGCAAGUUACAGUAGCUCGUUCAUCCGCAGAAGCGGAGUAUUGA